AUGACGCAGUUGGGAUUCAAUUGGCAGCCAAUCCCCUGGCUCAGCACCCCAGAAGCAGCCCCAGCUCACCCGUCAGAGGCUGCAAACAAGGUUCCCUCCAGAGACGCCAGUGCACUCGUCCCCACAGCCCUGAUCCUAGGAGAGCAGGAGACGCCGAGCUCUCAGGUGGGCACCCCUCGGGCACAUCUCCAGGCUGUCCCGCAGCAGCAGGCAGUGUCCUCAGCCCUGGGCUCGCUACAGGAAAGGCGGCUGAGGUUUCCCGCACCCCAGCUCUAUGAGGAUGCAUCCGGCUGUCAGGCAGCACUGCUCAGCACCCAGGCCCGUGUGGCAGAGCUGGAAAGCCAGGUCCGGACACUGAAGCUGGAGCAGGCGCAGCACAGACUGUUGCUGGAGAGUCUCCAGCAGCGGCACCGCGAGGACCUAGAACUCCUCGAGAGUGCCCACAGGAGCCGGGUGAAGGUGAUGGAGGAGACCUUUUCUAGACCCUUUUCUAGUGAUGGAACCAGGGAACAGGGCCAUGAGAUGCACAAAGACUAUGAAGAGCAGCUCCAGCGGCUGAAGCAGCUGAAAGAUCAGGAGAUCGACACAGUGACUAGUGCUGCUUCGCACGCCAGGUCUCUGAAUGGCGUCACUGAGCAGAUGGAGAAGUUCUCCAUUGACGUGCACAACCUUUUGCACAAGGUGGAGGCCAUGCACCACAGUACCUCCCAGGAGCUGGCCCUGGGGGCACAGCAUCGCGACCAGCAGCUCAAGGUGCUCCAGGACUGGAUGUCACAGCAGCAGAGGGACAUGGAGGAGGAGCGGAGCCGGCUGCAGGAGGUGAUUGCCAGAAUGGAGACCAGGCUGGUUGGCAAACAUGAAUUAAUUGGGCAUAAAGUUGCAGUGAAGAUCCUCAGUUGACAGAAGAUUCACAGCCUUGAUGUUGUAGGAAAAAUCCUCAGGGCGAUUCAGAGCCUGAAACUCUUCAGGCGCCCUCAUAUAAUGAAACUGUACCAGGUCAUCAGUACUCUAACUGACAUUUUCAUGGUGGUGGAAUACGUUUCAGGAGGAGAACUGCUUGAUUAUAUAUGUAAAAAUGGAAGGCUUGAUUGGAAUGCAGGUAGACGUGUGUUCCAGCAAAUCCUUUCUGGCAUGGCUUGCUGUCGCAGGCAUACGGUGUUAUGCAGAGAUCCGAAGGCUGAAAAUGUGCUGCUUGAUGCACACAUGAAUGCCAAGAGAGCUGACUUUGGUCUGUCAACUAUGAUGUCAGAUGGAGAAUUUUUAAGAAGCAGCUGUGGUUCCCCCAACUAUACUGCACCAGAAGUAAUUUCGGGAAGGUAGGGCGUUUUUUUAUAUUGGAUACAUGUGUGCACGUACUUCAGUCAUUUUGCUGCUUAUUUGUAAAGGCUACAGAUCUCGUGCAAUUGACAUGCCCGAUGCUGAGAAACUGUAGGCUGAACCUUUAAUUGU